GUUGCUGGUUUCCGGAGUGCUUCGAAGGUACACGGAAUCUGACUGUGUCACGAUGAAAGCGCUCCGGGUCGAGAGACUUUCGGUACCGUUUCAGACAGAUUUCUGAGUUUUGUUCUGUUCGGCUCGUUGGGUUUUUCAAAGACGGACUUUUACCUGAGAAGAACACCUGCCGUCCCUCCAUUUGACCCUCGACGCUCCGAAUGCUUUACUGCCUCCGUCUGCUUUUGUCCAUUUCCACCUUCGUGCUCAGAAGGAUUCGCUCCGGUGUUCCUGUCCCGAGUCUCCAGCACAGCUGCGGGUCUCUCAUGAGCUCCGACCCGCAACUGCGGGGCCGGCGGGCUGCCUGAUCCCGCCGCAGUCUGGUCUCCGGCAGAGCCGGAUCAUCAUCAUGGAGGAGGCGCUCAGGAACCAGUCAUGUCUGGCCGCGGCCUCGGACACCGUCUCCUUCCUGGUGUGCCUGUUCCGUGAGGUGGAGGAUUACCUGAGUUUUUUGGAGUACCUGCUGUGGGUCUUCACUCCUCUGGCUGUCGUCUUUAUCUUGCCGUUCCUCAUAGUCAUCCUCCUCUACCUCUCCAUACUGUUCCUUCACGUCUAUAAGAGGAAGAACCAGCUGAGGGAGGCGUACUGUAAUAACCUGUGGGAUGGCGCCAGGAAGACCCUGGCCACGCUGUGGGACGGACACGGAGCCAUAUGGCACGGCUACGAGAUCCACGGCAUGGAGAAGAUCCCCGACCAGGGCCCAGCCCUGAUCGUCUACUACCAUGGAGCCAUUCCCAUCGACUACUACUACUUCCUGGCCAGAGUCAUUCUCCAGAAAGGACGGACCUGCCACUCUGUGGCCGACCACCUCCUCUUCAAGAUCCCAGGUUUCAAGCUGCUCCUGGAAGUGUUCAGCGUGAUCCACGGUCCUCAGGAGGAAUGCGUGCGCGCUCUCAGGAACGGUCACCUGCUGGGGAUUUCUCCUGGAGGAGUGCGAGAAGCUCUGUUCAGUGAUGAGACCUACCCUCUUCUUUGGAGCAAACGCAGGGGCUUUGCCCAGGUUGCCAUUGACUCUCAGGUGCCGGUGAUCCCGAUGUUUACGCAGAACGUUCGUGAAGGCUUCAGGUCUCUGGGAACUCUAAGAUUGUUCCGCUGGCUGUAUGAACGCUUCCGUCUCCCCAUAGCUCCUGUUUAUGGUGGGUUUCCGGUGAAAUUCCGAACAUUCCUUGGUGAUCCCAUUCCAUACGAUCCCAACACGAGUGCUGUAGAACUGGCAGAGAGAGUGAAGCUCGCCGUUCAGUCGCUGAUCGAUGAACACCAGCAGAUUCCCGGCAGCAUCCUCUGCGCCUUGUUGGAGAGAUUCCGCAGUAAACGCAAAGCACCUUAAGUAACUUUGGGCCGGCGCAGCUCAUGAUGGACACUUGUCCCACAGCAGAAGUUGCACCUGCAACUCCCUCCACUUUGUGGGUUUUAUUGCACAUUUGUUUUGUAACUUUGUUGUGUAUGUGGACUCGCCCUGUCAUCUGCCCAUUCCCUGAAGUCAUGGUGGAGAGUGUCUGAGAAGGAGAAGAGCAAAAUCCUUUAUUGAUUUGUGGCACACUCUUGCACAAACCAGUGUCCUUAAAUGUAACUGUCCACUUUAUUUAUGUCAAAGAGGUAGAUGUUCUUUAAUCAAUAAAUGUACAUUUUUGAUUUAUUGGAAAA